ACUCCUCGCUCGACCACCAGAGAGAGCGCACGUGUCCCUCCCGCGCGUCCCUACCUGUGGCGUAGUUACGGAUUACAGUGUUUAUGAAUGGAGAUUUUAAUGAGAGAAAAAAAAACCGGUUUUUUUUUAAUAGAGACCCGAUUUCCGAUUGUCGUGGGAUCGUGAACAGGUUGCAGUGUUAGUGUUUCGAUAUUCAUUUAUAUUUAAAUUAUAAUAUUCUCUGUGUUACAUCUGUGUUCUGUGUUAGUGUUGAGUGAAUUUCUCGAGAAACAUUAUGUGUAGUUCGAAAACUAUGACGCGGUAGACGAACAUUCAAUGGUAAUCCGUGACGAUCCUAACGCGUACUGACAGUGGCGACGAUGACCGAGUGUUAAUAAGUGAUCUCUGACAUAAUAUUAUGUGAAUUGCGUUAAUUAAAUUCAAAAUCAAAAUGGCUGGUCGGUUUUGGAAGAACUUGGCUGUUUUUUGCGUGCUGGCCACGACAGCAGCCUUCCAACAGCAGUACUUCAGGGUGGUUCCUCGAAGCCUGCGAGUUCAGGAGGGCUCAGAGGCGGUCCUCGAGUGCGCUGUAGCCAAUCUAGCAGGCCAGGUGCAGUGGGCCAAAGAUGGAUUUGCACUUGGUUUCUCAUCAGUGAUCCCAGGGUACCCGAGGUACACGAUGUUCGGUGAUCGUCGGAACGGCGUCUACAACCUGAGGAUCGUCAAUGUCACAUUGGAAGACGACGCGGAAUACCAGUGCCAAGUCGGGCCCGCUCAGAUGCACAAAGUCAUAAGAGCGAACGCUUCGAUCACCGUUAUCUCCCCCCCUAAAUCGGUAGAGAUCACCAAUCAUCCCCCGAACUCGAAGCUGGAGGUCAAGGAAGGCGAGGACGUGUCCUUGGAAUGCUUCGUGAAGAAUGCCAAGCCCCCAGCGAAGAUCGUUUGGUACAGAGGAAACGUGGAGCUGAAAGGAGAUAAAGUUUCAAAGGAAGAGAUAAAAGACGUCGAAAACCAGGACGGGAAUCCGAAAUCGACGCGUUUCACUACAAAGUCGCGGGUCCACUUCAAAGCGACAGCUGAUGAUGACUACGCUGACUUCACGUGCGAGGCCAGACAUGAAGCUCUCCCGAGGGACACCCCAAUGAGGAGUACUGUGCAACUCAGCGUGCUAUAUCCGCCUGGAGCACCUUACAUCGAAGGAUACGCGGAAGGGGAGACCGUCCGUCGCGGACAGAGCUUGGAGCUGGUCUGCAGAAGCCGUGGGGGUAACCCGCCAGCGCAGUUGAUCUGGUACAAGAACGGCGAGCAGAUCCGCAUGGCCUACAGAACUAGUGGAAGGAUGUCUGAAAACGUGCUCUCCUUCACGGCCGAUGCGUCCGAUAACAAAGCGCGUUACAGUUGUGAAGCCAAGAAUAUCAUGAUCAGCAACACGCUGAAGGCUGAGAUCGACCUGACUGUGCUCUUUGCUCCCGCCCACGUCACUAUAUCUGGACCCUCUGAAGCGAGAGUCGGCGAUCCAGUUCCCCUGACCUGCAGUACAGCUCCUUCGAAUCCAGCUGCUGAGAUUAAGUGGCUAGUCAUAGGGAAGCACCAUAAAGAAGCUAGUAAUAGAACCGUUAUUUCUCCAGAAGGUGGCUGGAUUACCUCGUCCAACAUAACCGUGAUAGUGGAACCGAAUAGAAGGUCAAUAGUAGUGGUGUGCCACGGCAUCAACGCUCAGCUGACGGAAAACGUGAUCGCCACUCACACCAUCAAUGUCUUGUAUCCACCUUCGGCGCCCAUGAUAACUGGCUACGUGCCCGGCACAACCCUCGCUGCCGGAACAGUUCAGAAGCUGGCCUGCAUCUCGACUGGAGGGAACCCUUUGGCCACUCUCACGUGGUUUAAGAAUGACAAAAAGAUACAUUCAACAACUAAGACAACGGACAAAGCGGUGUCAGCAGAGAUCUCGAUCCUGACCAAUGUGACCGACAAUCAGGCCCAGUACAGAUGUGAGGCCACAAACAGUGCGACUGAGAUACCACUCUUUGAAACAGUCACACUAAACGUACACUUCGCGCCUGAAGCUGUCAAGGUCCGAGCUGAACCCGACGUGCUUAAGCCGGGAAUCGAAGCGACACUGAUCUGCGACUCCGCGUCUAGCAACCCGCCUGCCACCCUGUCGUGGUGGCGUGAUGGGAUCCCAGUUCAAAGUGCUCCGAUGCAGCUCAAGAAAGGUCUGCACGGGGGUAAAGUGUCUACAAUAGAACUGAAACUCAGCAUCACUAAGGAGAUGAACGGUGCUGUCUACACGUGCCAGGCCACCAACGAGGUCUUGCAGAGAAGCGUCCAUGAUGCUUUGGCCUUGAAGGUUUUGUAUGCACCAAUAUUCGACGACACGACAUCUUACAACACAGUGGGAAUCGAAAACGAGCCGUUGAUAAUAUCGGUCAGAGCGGAUGGCAACCCGCCCAGCAUCACCUACACGUGGACGAAGGACGGCCUUCCCAUCACACAGUCCUCCUACAGCAGCGGCAAUGACAGGAUAAUAUCAGAAGGCAGCAUGCUGAACAUGACGAAAUUAACACGUCACGAUGCCGGGAUAUACACUUGUGAGGCUGUGAACUCUCAGGGAGCUGCUGUCGCCAAUAUUUCCGUAUCAGUACACUAUCCAGCGGGCAUUAAAUCGGUGUCUCAAAAUGUGGUUGCGAACCCAAACGAAGACGCCGUUUUGUCUUGCACUGCGAUCGGAAAUCCUCUGUUAGCGGAGCACAUUAAAUGGGAACGCAAAGGGUACAAAAUCGACCCCAAGUCUGUAACUUUUGAACCGAAGAAUCUCACAAGUUAUUUAAUAAUACGCAAGGCAAAAAGCGAGAACUUGGGUAAUUUUCAGUGUGUGGUCAACAAUGGUAUUGGAAGUGCGACUAAACAAGACGUUAUGCUUAUAGUUAAGUUCAAACCCGAGAUGGACACUUCACCUAACUUAGUCAAAUCGGCCUCAAAUGUUGGACAAGUUGGACGUUUGAUGUGCAAAUGCAAAUCAGUACCAGCGCCUAGCUUUACCUGGUCCAAAAAUGGAGUGAAGCUACCUGUAAAUACAUCUACGAAAUAUUUCGCGGAGUUCCACAAGAACGAUCACAUCACCUACACCUCGGUGCUGCUCAUCAAUGACGUGACCACUUCAGACUAUGGGUCUUACGAGUGUGGCGCCAGGAACGAGCUUGGGUUCAGUACCACGACGGUGAAAUUAGACGUGACCAGCGCACCAGAUCAAGUGGUCUCGCUAACUGUAACAAAUGUAACUCACAGUACAGUGACAUUGGAGUGGGUACCAGGCUUCGACGGAGGACUGCAAUCUUGGUAUAGGAUUCGAUAUAGAAAAGUGUUCGAUGACGUGUACAAGUACGAAGAUGUUCUGCCCAAGCACGCUACGAACUUCACCGUUCGUGGGCUCGAGAAGAACACCGAUUACGUAUUCUCCGUAAUGGCUAUUAACAAAAUAGGGCAAAGCAAAUACAGACCGGACGACACGAAGGCGACGACGCUGACUUCUUCGGAAGUAGGCGAACUGAGUACGGUAUCCACUGAAUACGUAGAGACACCUGACAUAUCCAAGCCUGUCAUUGUUUACGUGUCUCUAACAGGAGCCGUCUUAGUAUUGAUAAAUGUCGCAUUGAUUGCUUGUUUCGUUUGGAAGCGACGCUUGAGACGCAUCAAAGAACAAGCCGGCCAAGCUUCCAAAUCAGCCACAAUAGAGAUGUACGCUCCGUCGUCAUACAACGACACCAUGACCGGAGAAACCCUCAGCUCCGUCUCUGAGAAAUCCGAGACUUACUCCCAGGACGACGGCGAUGAGAGGCACCCUCCGCCGAUCCCGGAGGUGCCGUCUAUACACAAUAGGCACAUGCUUAGUCAGACAACUGAUGCGUACCUAAUGGAAGAUCAGGGUCUAGUGAUCCCACCACCCUUGGAUUACCCCCCGCCGAACUACGCAGUGUACGACGGCGACCACUCCAGGACCCUGCCCCACCCUCACAGGCACAAGGACAUGAGUGGACACAGCACGCUGGGCAGAAGCGCUGGUAAGCCGAAUUACGUACCGGCUCCAAGUCCGAUGCCGCCGCUGGAUGGCUCCUACUACAACAUGUCCUCGGACAGGUACCUGUCGUACCCACCACUCAUCGGGGAGUAUCUACAGCAGCAAGCCGGUCGCACCCCGACCCCUCCCCAGCAGUACGGAGCGCAGCCUCUGACGAAACCUCAUCUGAUGAACGGAACUGUGACAGGAGGAUCGCCCUCGCACAUGCCGAGUCCUCCUCACAAUUAUGGGCUUGACGUAUCUAUAGAUCGUCAGUCGGCGGGCGGCACUCUGAGGCGGCAGCGGCUCGACAAGAUGGCGGCGGUCCCCCCUCCUGACGUCACCGUGCUGCACCCGGGGAACUGCGCGCAGCACCAGAUAUCCCAGACGCCGUCUACGAAACAGCCGCAGUCGAUCCUCAAGGACCCGUCGAGGCACAAGUACGGGCACCCCUACGGGAGUCCCGUCUCCUCCAGCACCCCACACAACAGCAACCAGAUCCUGACGGUGCAGAACCUCACCAGCGACACUCCACAGUACGGAACCAUCAAGAAGGAGAACAAAAAACAAAACGUGACCAUCGAUGAGUCUUUCAAUAAAAGAAGCGAGACUCACGUUGUCUAAAUCAUCACGUUUCCAAAACUCAAAGUGGCCAAAGUGCAAGUACAAAGUGACCAAAACCGAAAGUGCGAACUCAAAGUGUACAAAGUGCAAACUCAGUGUACAAAGUGCAAACCCAAAGUGACUUAGUGACUCGGUGAUUAUCUAAACGACAAUUAAAGUUACGUUAAGUGUCAAGUGUAAAUAGAGAGUAGACAGACAUUGUAGAUAGAUUUAUAAUUAACAAUUGAAUGUGAUAAACUAUUACAGACAAUGGUUUUCAUUUAGAUAGAUAUUGUUGAAAUGACGUCAGCCCAUUUCGCGUUCCCUGAACCUCCCCGGGUCACUUCGAUUUUGAACCUUAUGGAGUAUAUCCAAGCAGUUCAUAAUCUAACCACACAGAUAAACGUCGUACCUGUAUCGGGUUUCGCAUUAACUUUUGUUCGUUGGUAAUUUAAUGAAAUAACACUUUGUUCUUUUUGUAAAAUUGCUUUGAAUUCAGAAUAUAGGUUUGAAAGGGUAAAUAAAUAUCUGUUAAGUGGAAACUCGUGUGGGGGAAAGUGAAGGGGGGUGGGGCGCGGGGAGGUGAGGGGGUGGGGGGGAGCGCGGGGCUGAGCGCUGGUUGUAAUUAAAACGUUUGACUGAUUUAUCAAAAUAUGAUUAUUAUUACUAAUAAUAAUAUUAAAUAAUAAUAAAAAAAAACAUAAUUUUUGUAAAUAUUCAGACUACGUCCAAGAAUUAAAGACAAUUUUUUCGAUUUUUACAUUUAUGUAAAUGUUUUAGAUUAUAUUAUAAUCUUGAAUUAAAAAAUUAAUAAACAUGAAUCGAUUCUGUCGUCUGUUGGUUUGUCAAAAAAGUUAUUGCAAAUGACAAAUUUGUCAUUGAAUUGUUCUAAAUGAUUCCUUCGAAGGAUCUCUUUGUCAUUUAUUUUUAUAAAAAAUAAUGAUAACUACAAUGAUGUUUUCUUUUUUUUUUUUUAAAUUGUUCCCUGAAAUUCUAAAUCGAUGUGUUUUUAGCUAUUAAUAUAUUGUUAUAGAAAAUGAGAAUUAACGUUAAAUUUUUAUUAAAUGUUUUCGUAAUGGAAGUCCCAACGAAAAAAUAAAUGAUAAGUUUUAAUUAAUAAUGCCCGACUUCGGCACUUAUUUUACUGUUAAUAAUUAUGUAACUAAAUUUUAUAGUCAAAACUAGAUAUUAUUAAUUUUAAUCAUUUUAAGAUAAAUUUUUUCAAAUUUUUUUCGAAGCCAUAUUUUCAGUAACAAAACUGUACAUAAUAACAAAUAAUACUCAAAAAUCGAACUGACAAUAAUGUUUCUUUGGUUUUUUUUUUAUUUUGUUCAUUUUAAAAAUAAAAUAAUCUCAUUGUAAAUAAAUACCGUGUAAUUGUGUAAAAAAUAUUAGCUUUUUUACUCCAAAAUUAAAUCGGUUAUUAAAAAAAACAUACCAAAGUCUUGCAUAUAAUAAUUUUAAUUUUUAAGUUUAAAAAAAAAUACUUUUAAAUUUUUUUAUUUCAGUUUUAUACGAUUCUGUAACAAUCAUUUUAAAAAUCAAACGAAUGAUUUUUAUUUAAUUUUUUCAUUUGAUUUAAAAAGCUAAAAAAAAUGAAAAAAAUCCAUCCAUUGAACAAAUACGAUUUUAUAUUUAAGAAUUAAAAAUAAUUCUAUUGUUACAUUUUUUUUUUUUUGAAUCGAAAUAAAAAAUACAUCAUUAUACA